AUGACAUCGGACUGGGUAGGCCAUCGGCUGUUGCUGGUGUCCGGUCAGGCACUGUAUCAACUUCCACUUGAUGCGUUCCUUACAACGUCACUGCUAACUCCUAGAAAGCUAAUUGAACUCUCAACUGGAGCCACCGACGCCAAACAGCUGACUUUUGAUCCUUUCAAGAACACUGCCUACUUGCUAACACGCAAUGGGUCGCUGUUUCUGCUGAACCUCGCUCGAAGUCACGAGAAAAAUCUGGCACUGGUUGUACCUUGCCUGACGAGUCAAACGGUCACGUGGAUGAUGACAGAGUUCGCAUGGAACCGUGCUUCGUCUCCGAAAAUCUACGCCUUGACUUGGAAUGGCCUAAUAGUGAUUGACGUCGAGGAAAACAAUAAAUGUAAUGAAGUACGCAUCGACUGGAAUAAAUUUGGAGCGAUGUCAGCAUUCGCAAUAGCCGACAAGCUGUUUGUGUUCGUAACCUCAUCGGAGAUGCUCAUCUACGGUCGAGAAACGGUGGUGCCAAUUCCAAUCACCUAUCCGCCACUUCGCCAAAUUCUUGCCGUCAGCCAAAGCAGUCAACCGUACCCUGAUCGAUCCUGUUUCGCGUUACCGUCUUCGGCUGGGAUACAGUUCACAGUGGUGAAUGAAGGCAAAACCGGUGCUUUUCUGGAGGUCUCGAAACCUCCUCCCCUGAACAUUUGUCAUGGUGUCUCGCUUCCGCAGACCCACUAUGAGUUCACAAAUUUUAGGUUUACUUCACUCCGAAAGAACACCGACAAAGUGAAGCAUAUCCGUAGUUAUACGGAGAAAAUUCAUGUUGAGAACGGGAUUCUGGACAAAGAAACGGACUACGAGGUUACGGUAGCGUGGCUGAAUCGAUACUCGGACGCGAGCGGUAUUUCGGACCCGAAGUCGUUCCGGACCGGAUUUGGUUACCCGUCAGCGCCACGUUCGUUGCAAGCCGUAGCCGUCACUCCCGACACG